AUUGCUUAGACAAUGGAAAUAAUAAAAAGGCUGUCCAAGAAGCGGACAAGUUGAUGAAAAAGCAGAAAGAGUUUCACUGUGCCAAGGUGUUAAAAGCGUUAGCGUUGCUGCGUUUGGAUCGCAAAGACAAUUGCGUCAAUCUAUUAGAGGAGGUUCACGUACUGCGUCCUACCGAUGAUCCAACGUUGCAAGCCAUGACCAUUUGUUACCGGGAACUACAAAAACCCGAGUUGAUAGCGGACGCGUACGACAAUGCGGCGAAGCGGGAACCGACGAACGAGGAGUUUCUAUCUCACCUCUUCAUGGCGUACGUGCGCUGCGGAAACUACAAGAAGCAGCAGCAAACUGCCAUGGCACUAUACAAGAUCGCUCCGAAAAACCCCUACUACUUCUGGGCUGUCAUGAGCAUUAUCAUGCAGGCGCACACGUCGGAGAACAGCCUCGCGUGCAAGAUGUACCUCCCUCUCGCCGAGCGCAUGCUGCAGAAGUUCGUGAAGGAGGAGAAGGUCGAGGCUGAGACCGAGGUGCAGCUCUACCUGAACGUGCUCGAGAUGGCGUCCAAACACCAGGAGGCGCUGCACGUGCUGGAGGGACCGCUCGGAGCCGUGUUCAAAGUCACUGCCAAUUCCAAGUGGAGCUUUCGACACACAAAGCGGGCGGAGCUGUGGAUGAAGCUGGAACAGUGGCAGGAAGCCAACUCCGCAUACAAGCAGUUGAUCAAUGAAGAUUCAGAUCAGUGGCAGCACUACGCAGAAUAUUUCAAGUCGAUGUUUGCUCUCGUAGACAGUGGGUGGCAGCCAGAAACAGGCUUUGAAAACGGAGCCGACAUGCCGGCCUGCGACUACACUGUCGACAUGGCACUGAAUUUUGUCGGCGGGCUGGCCGCAACCGAAGACAUCCAACCUUCCAAAAGGCUACGCGGCCCCUACCUAGCGCAGCUUGAGCUGCUGAGGCUCCUGAGGGCCCGGGGGAAAGACGAGGCGUCGGAGAGGCUAGUGCCGCAGCAGCUGCUGCUGCAGUACUUUGAGAUAUUCGGUGACAAGGCUUGCUGUUACUCAGACCUCGCGGAAUACCUGGAUCUGAUCGGGGCGGGCAGUCAACAGUUUCUGGCAGAGAUUAGAGAAACGAUGAAGUUUGGAGAAAGUGGUGAGAGGGAGUGGUUUGCGAGCGGUGCGCGCGCAAUGCAGAGGCACGUGUGCUGGCUGCGCGUCUGCCGUCGCCUUGGCGACGCGCACGUGCGCACGGACGCGGAGCGGCGCUCGCUAGCGGAAGAGCUGACAGCGAGGCACCGCGAGGGUCUCUCUCUCGGCCACGACCUCCUCUCCACCGACAUGCAGUACAGCGACGACUACUGCAUCAUGGCUGUACACGUGCUCUACGACGUGUGGUGCCAGUCAGAUGAAGAUAUGCAGCUUUGGAAGAUGUGUGCCUUACUUGAAACUGCAUUAAAGUCGAGUCCAUCAAACUUCCACAUGAAGUUACUGCUAAUCAAACUCUAUAGCAUUCUAGGUGUUUAUGGCCCUUCAGUUGGUAUCCAAUUGGAACUUCGACAUAUACAAUGGGAUACCUUAGGCUACAUGUACACAGGGCCCGUACUGAGGGUCGGACAUUACUCCGCUGUCAACCAGGCGGUCAACGAAGCGCUGCGGUUCUUUUCCGUCAACUACAGGGAUACGAGCGAGUACAUCAUAUCGGCAUACAAAUACGGUUCGUUUACAAAGGUGCUGGAGUUUGUGCGCUUCCGCGAGCGCCUCAACAACUCGCUACAGUUUGCCGUCUUCACCGCUGAGAAGCUCGUUCUAGACCUGAUGAUGGAGACCAGCAGUCACGCGUCUGCGGAGAAGCUGCUUCGCUUCAUGGACAUAGACCCUGAGGAUGACAAGACAAAGUGGGAAGAUCUACGCGACAGAGAUCUAGACGUGAUGCUGUGCUGGGAUCCGCCCGAACACAGGCUGACUGAGGAGCAACGCCAGCAAUCAUUUUCCGAGCAGUACCAAUGGCUGAAACUCAGGAAUUUCAUGCUGCGUGCAUUUUCAGCCUCUAUGCAUAUGUGCCAGUCAGUGCCUGAUAGUCUCACAGAUGGGCUAGCACUGCAUGCUGUUAAUGGUAACAAGAAAAACAUGCCAGAGCUUCUGGAAUCACUGAUCGGUCAGUUGGAGCAACUCCUGAAAGAUCUGAGCGAUCAGCACACUUGCGAGAGAAAAUAUCCACUACAGGGUCCAUUCAGUACACUCAUCCAUCCAUAUAUGACGGGACAGCACAGCAUUACCUUGAUAUGCUUACUAAAGCUCGUUCACUCUUACCAGCAGCAGCAAGAAAGAAUAGGAGAGCAGGAUGACGGACGGCUGGGCGCGCUCGCUCAGCAGCUCGAGCAGCACUGGCAGACGAUCGGGGAGCGUGUGAGCGAGGGAUUCGCCGCCUCCGCAGCUCCACAGCAGAACGGACACCAGCAGGUCAACGCCGCGGCGCUCACGCAGAUCGUGCUCGCGACGGAGACGCUCUCCCACAGUUGCCUCCUCAUCGGAAUCUGCGACAAACUACUCCAGCCGAUGAAGCCAAUUUUGGGGAAGAAGAGUAAAAAGAAGAAAGAGGCAGCAUUGCACGUGGCACAGAUGAUGAAUGUGUUUGCCUCACUAAUAUCAAAACUAGAGAAAUUUGCUCAGACCCUGCAGGCGACUGUAACUAGCGAUUUUCUCUCUCUGGAGACGAGGCAUUUGCAGAUGGAAGCAGAGUUGCCAAACAAGGAUGCUAUUGAAGCUGUGUGGGCGAAGGCGCAGAGCAGCUAUGCUCAGUCCGGCAGGGAGAUAGGUGACAUGAUCGAACUGAAGCUGAAAUACGUAGCGUCGUUCGCACGAUCGUUCACUCCCUCUCGACCCAAGUGAAGAGGCAGUGGCCAUGUUGGUUUUUGACUCGGCGCAUAUGUGGACGACGUCGAUGACAUGAGUGUGUGCAUGGAUAGCAGCAGCAGCAGCAGCAGCAGCAGCAGCAACAGCAGCAGCAGCAGCAGCAGCAGCGUCAGCAGCAGCAGCAGCAACAACAACAACAACAACAAUAACAGCAACAUGUGUGUUUAACUCUGAGAAACUCUGUGCUGUUAGUCCACAGCGGUGUGUUUGCCGUGUGACCGAGUGGCUGUGAGAGCAGACAUAAUACAAUACAGUUAUAAAGGAGGAAUGGUGCCAUUGCCGCGGCACUGCGAUGAAAUUGAUUGCAUCUAAAAUUUUCGUCAUGUUACCGAUGAUGAUGACCUCUGAUUCAAAAUAACCCAUCAUGCUUUGAGAUUGAGCUUUUACGACGGUUUACUUGUUUGUAGAUACUUUGUAUUGAUAAUGUGUUAUUAAAUAGAAAAACCUUUUUAAAACAAGUUAAAA